AUGAAUUUUGAGCAGUACUGUCCGUACUCUUCUGAGUAUUCGCUUAAUUCUCCAUCUUCUUCGUCGGGUACUGACCAAAGAUUAAGUUCAUACAGCAGCUUUGAAUCAAACCAGACUUCGUCAUUCUUGUCGUCGCCGUCUGAAUUGGUGUCACAUAAGAAAAGGGCAGGCAGAAAGAAGUUCAAGGAAACUCGACACCCAAUUUAUAGAGGAGUAAGGGAGAGGAAGAAUGACAAAUGGGUGUGUGAAGUUAGAGAACCCAAUAGCAAAUCAAGAAUUUGGCUUGGAACUCAUAAUUCUCCUGAAAUGGCAGCUAGAGCUUAUGAUGUUGCUGCAUUAGCUCUUAGAGGUGAAUCGACUCCAUUGAAUUUUGAAGAUUCAUUGUGGCGUUUACCUCGAGCUAAGUCCUCGUCUGCCAAAGACAUUCAAUCUGCCGUUGCUGAAUCUUAUCAAGCUUUACUAUCUACCGAGUCCUCUACCUUUCAAUUUUCCAGGCCGGGGGAAAAUAAUGUUGAUGAAAUUAAAAGAAGUUCAUCGUCAAUAAACUUUUUGGAUGAAGAAGCGUUGUUUAAUAUGCCGUCACUAAUGUCAAGCAUGGCAGAAGGAAUGCUACUUGAUCCCCCACAGGAAGGUUACUUUUUCUACAACGUUGAGCGCAGCGUGGACUACUGCAUAAGGUUUGGUUAG